CGGGAGGGGCCUACGCAAGGCAACCGACCACAGCUAAUUAGAUGAGAAGAGGAACAGCGGCAGUAUAGUUCUUCUGGAGGAUCAGUAAGGAGAGGGGUCAAAGAACUGGAGAAAAGUUUACCUUCAACCAGGAGAAAAACACAUUCAACAAGGGGGAGUGCUUAUAAUUUGCACACAUCUAUAGAAGAAGCAGAAGACUUUAAUCAAAGAAGAAGAAGUGAUCUCCAAAGAGGAAAGCAAGAUGGAUCCCAGCAAGGCCUCCGCUCCCCCUCCAGGCUGGAACCCUGAUGACAAAUCAAGCAUGGCUUAUCCGCCACCACCACCCUACCAGGAUCACCCCCAGUACCCCGGAGCCUACCCUGCACCCGGGGCCAUGCCAAUGGCCGGGGCACCCAUGGGCCAGCCUUACCCACAGGGCCAGUACCCCCCGGGCCAGUACCCCCAGGGCCAGUAUCCACAGCAGGGAGCCACGGUCAUGGUCCAGCCUGCGGUCUAUGUGACCCACUCGCCUCUCCUUAACCCAGUGCCAGACUAUCUGGGGUACUCCAUUUUCACCAUGCUGUGCUGCUGCCUGCCCCUUGGAAUUGCAGCCCUCAUUUUCUCCAUUUCUACCCGUGAUGCAAACAGUUCUGGCAACCGAGUAAUGGCAGAGAAGAACUCAUCUACUGCCCGGAAACUGAACCACGCUGGCCUCGGAAUCGGUCUCACCAUCAUGACCCUCUACAUCGUGGCAUCCGUCGUCUUGGGACUGGGACGUUAAUUGGACAUCGGACAUUAACCCCACCUCCAUGCAAAGUUUCAAAGGGAUGUAUGCUGUAUCUGGAAGAUGAAAAUGCAAAACAAAAUGAAGUUGAAUACAAAAACAUAAAAUGUCUUUAUUUUAGAUGACUUAGUAGAGAUCAUGUGUAACUCUGACAUAACGUGAUCAGAGUAUAUUAGUAUAAUCAUACCAUUACUGGCAUUUUGCAAAUGCCCUUCAAAGCCUGCCCAUUAACAACAUUCACUACCACAAAUGCCUUACCAUUUACAAACAUACUGCCUUCUAUUUGACAGUUAGGCUACCUGUUUUUGUUUGUUGUUGUUGUUGUUGUUUUUUGAAGAUUGAUUACAAAUCACAUGUAUGUUCCUUUCCAGCUUCAGUCCAUUUGUUCUUCUCCCUAUGUUUUCAUACUUCUAUCAUUUAUUGUAUAGGUUGUAAUCAUGACUAAUAUAAUACAUAUGUGUUUUUUCUGUAAUUAUACCACAAGGGUAUUUAGAAAGAUAUGCAGACAAAUGAUAUUCAGACCAAAUUCAGCUAAUAAUGUUUAUCAUGCUAUGUCUACAGUAAAGCUUUGCUUGGACACAUCAGUGUUACUGACAUGCAGGAGACGAUUUAUCACCAAAUGCCACUUUUGAAAGAUUCAUUAUGCCAGUGAUUUUUGUGACUAUAUUUGCCCCUUCUACACAUAUAAAAUAAUGCCUUUUUAUAUUUUCA